UGUGGAAUUCAUGCAUUUACUUUGAUAAAUUUGUUACGUUGGUAAUGUUAUAAACAUAUAGAAUGAGGAUAUGUUAGGUAAUUUCAUACAACUAGCCGUUUUACUUUAUAUCUAUGUAGAUUUUGGAAUAGUGUUUUGUCAACUUUCCACAAUUCAUCUUGAUCAUUCAAUGCUUCCCUCUUUUAUUACAGGGGAGAUGAGUUUCGCACAGAUUAUGGGAGGUUAGCAGAGCUAAGGAGCAUUUUGCCAUCUGCUAACAUUGGCAGCAACAGCUUCACCAAGUUCCAGGUUGUCAAUAAUGAAAAAACUUUGCAUGGAGAAAGCAAAUGUCAUCGUUGGAAAUUGUGACAGGAAAAACAUACUUCUGAAUUGUGUUAAAGCACCUCGCGAAGGGAAAACUGCUUUUUCGUGGAUAAUUGAAUGCCUGAAGAUUCAAAAACAACAAUGCCCAAAGACUGUGAUUUAUUGUCGCAGUAUUAAGUCGUGUUCCGUGUUGUUCAAACUUUUCGAUGAUCUUCUGAAAGACAAUGCAUAUUGUGGUGUUAAAUGUGCUAAAAACAGACUAUUUGCUAUGUAUCACCAUUCAACGUCAAACAAGUGCAAGAAAAUAGUCAUGAGUGAAUUCCCAAAACCUGAGAGUAAGGUUAGGGUAGUUGUUUGUACAUCUGCUUUUGGCUUGGGAGUCAAUGUUCCUGAUAUAGAUAUAGUAAUAAACUGGGGAGCACCAAGGUCUAUUGAGGAGUUUAUGCAAGAAUUUGGGAGAGGUGGUCGAGAUGGUAGGGAAGCCAUGUCCAUUUUAUAUUACCAUGGAAUGGAAAUCAGCAAAACUGCAACAGAUGAUAAAAUGAGGUCAUAUGCAACUGCUGACACAUGUAGGAGAGCUCUAUUGGAAGAAUACUUCACACCAGUUGUUGCCAAAACUUUACCAGUACUUCUAAAACAUUUGUGCUGUGAUAUUUGUUUUCAUACAUGUGAUUGUUUAAAUUGUCCAACACUGCAUGAUGCCCUUCUUUCUGACUUGGAAGAUGAUGAUGCUUUGUGUUCCGUAGCCUCAAAAUGUGACUUAGUGAUUUGUCGCACUGUGGCUGAAUCCCAGCGCAUCCAAAUACAUGCACAACAUAAGGAGUAUAGAGAAACCUGUCUAGAGGAUAAUGUUCCAUCUUUACUGAAUGUUGGCAUUCUAACUGGACUGAGCAAUUCAUUAAUUGAUUCCAUUGUUAAUGAUGUUCACUAUAUAGGUAGUGUAGGCGAUUUAUUGUCAGAGUACAUAUUUGACAGACAUCUUGCAAGAUCAGUGAUAGAUAUUAUUGAUGAAAUACUUGAUGAUUGAUUUAUUUACCAUAGUUUCAUUUUCAACUGGCCCCAACAUUUAAUACACGAUGAUGAAAUAACUGGUGUACAUUUAUUCCAGGUUAAUAUGUAAAGGGUCCAAGUAGAUGUUGAUUCAAAGUGCUUUUGAAGGUCUUUGUCUCUGAUAAAUAUGUAUACAGUAAACAGAGAAGUAACAUUGAUGAUUUUCAUAACUUCUGGUAUUAUUCCUAAUUGUACACCUCAUUUUCAUACAAGUGACACAAAGCACUGUCUCAAUAAACAUUCUUAUCAAAAAAUGUAUGUGUAUUGUUUGAGAGGCUUACAUUCCACAGUUGUUUUUCUGAUGUAAAUCCUAAUGUAGAUAUGAGAUGAACGAACUGACAGACAAAUAUAUUGGGUUCGUACAUAGUUUGAUCUGGCCUGGAGGUUAUAAAACUUUUUGGAGCACAUUUUCAUACUCAAGCUCAAACUCCGUGCUCUAAGUCGUACUCAAAAGUGAAAAUUAUAAAAACAAAAAUUAUAAAAUCAUUCUCAUACUCAAAUGGAGUCAUGCUCAAAUUUGUUCAUGUAUGCAGGGAGUGUACUCAAAACUAACAUGGCUGAGUAUGAGUAUGGUACAAGUUUUAUAUUAUCUCCAGACCCGGACAUAAUUUUAGAACAAACAUCAGCAAGGCAUUUUUAAAAUAUGCAAACUUGAUAUACCCAUACAAAAGAAGAAAAUGUAUUAUGGAUAUACAGCCAUUCUUUUUCAUAAGAGCACAUUUUUACAGCAAAGUAAAAUUCUCAGAGUUAACAUGUUUAGAGCUAAUUUUACUCUAAAAUGAAAAAAUAAUUCUACACAAUUUUUCACUGGUGUUUAGCACAUUUAUCAAGUCAGUUAAAAUGCAUACUUUCCAUUUGAAUACUCCAGUUUCUUGUCAUUUAACCACUUAUGAAGGACUUGUGAAUCUACAUUGUGGAACAUGUCAAACUGUUCAUUGAAAGAGUCAUGUCGCCUACCACUAAUGACAGAAAAUACGUCCGCAUUUUUUAACUGGUUCACAACAGCUCUGAUAUCUUGUGUUUUAUCUCUUUGUGCAUGAGGAGUUCCUCCUGGAUGGACACCAAUUUCUCUUUCCAGCUUUUCAUUCACAUUAUGACAAAACAUCAUGGUUUUGCUUAUUCUGUCUACAACUUCCGGUGUUUGAUUUGGUCCUAGUAAUUUAACUCGGCCUUUUGCGUACUUGUUGAGCAACUCCAUCACGUAAUCUUCUUUUUUUCUUUCUCCAGUAGUGUUUUAAUAGAGUACAGAAGCACAAGAAGUAGUAACAAUGUAUGACAUGUUUUUUUAUUUAAUAAAUCUUUUCAAACACCACUGCUCCUAUUUUCCAAUCACCAUUGGCACAAAUCAUCCUCGGUUAAAGGGGAUUAAACGUUAUUAGAUGAAGGGCCCUGGGCUGCAUGUAUACUUGUAUAUAACUAUUUUUAGAGGUUAAAUAUAGAUAUGCAUGAUAUAGAUGUGAGUUAAAUAUAGAUGUAUGACGAAAAAUGGCGAAAGAGCAUUAUAUAGAUGUACCAUAUGGUGCAAUACCUAUGACCUGACUGUGAGAGUACAGAUAUAGAUGUAUGACGUAGUACAAAAUGGAGGAGAAAUCAUUUAUAGAUGUAGCGUAUUAUGUAUUACCCAUGAUCAAGGAAUGUAUAGAAUAUGGAGGCGGAUCUUUGAUUUAUGAAUAAAUGUAAGCCAGCGAGUGUGUGCAGGACAAGUGGUAAAUUUACAUAGAAAUACAACUAUUAUCUGAGCAGACGCAGUUCAGAAAAAAUUAACAUCUGAAUGCAGAGAAAAAUUUAAACAUGCGCAGAUCCGAAAUUCCAUCAAAAAGUUAACGUGCGCAGUUCAGAAAAAAAAAAUACACCAGCAUAAAUUAAUAAUAUUAUAUAAAUAAAUCUGAUAUUGGAAUUAUUAUUCCUAUUCUACACUGAGAAGAUCAUCCGCCAACAUCAUUCCCAUUCAGAAGAGAAAAUGGCAAUCAUUUCCCGCACCGCACCUGUCAAAGAUCAGAACGAUAUUCCACAACAUUUUGUAAUAAAUAUGUUUCGAGGCCUCUAGACGCAUCAGCUUACAAGGUUUGAUGAUUCUAAACCUCUCGGUAUCUGAAAUAACAACCUAAAAUGUAUUCAUAAAUGAUUACCCAUAAAAUUCAGAAAGUAAGUCACGGUGACAUAUUUUUCACAUGAUGCAGUUCAAGGUUCCAUCAACUGACAACUUUUUUGAUGAUCAUAGGCUCAAAAGUGUCCAAGAUAUGCAUCAAAAUCCAUUUAAUAAUAAUUACCUGCGAAAUUCAAAAAGUAGGUCACAUCAAGACCUACUUUUGAGACAACAUGAUAUGAUUGCAUCAACUGACAACGUUUGCUGUUAUCAGCAUCACCGAUAGGAAAGGAGGUACAUGUAUGUUUAGUGAAUCGAAUGAGUUAAUGUAUGAACUGUGUAGUUCCGGGGUAUCCUUAUGUAUAAGUUAAUGUGUGCCUGACAUGUGGAGUUUUAGCGGCAAUAUCUACCCAGAGUUAUCGUUCUUUACACUGACUUGCACCUCUGUGAACGUCUCAAAUGUUUUACAAGAUUUUUGUAAAAUGGCACGUAUGCUCAAAUAAAGUAUGGUUUUGACUUCAGUUACAAAAAUAUAAGUAAAUAAAUAAAUAUUGAGCAGAUGUCAAGUGUUUUUGUGACGCAAGAAGCAUUGAUUUGGGUUGAAACGUGGAUAUUGGAUAGUUCUAUAUUGCACCAGGCCUAUACAUAGGUACAUGAAGAAUAUAUAGUAAUGGAAAAAAAUCUACAAAUAGUUGUUUGUCCUACAUUUUCCCAAUAUUUUAUAACAUAGUUCUUAGUUUUCUUAGCCGUAUAAAAGUGAAUUUGCAUGUGGAAUAACAUUGCUUAUUUUGAGACGUUAACAGAGGUGUAAGUGAGAGCAAGGAACGACAACUCUGGGUAGAGAUUGUUUUAGCGGCAGAAAGAUAAAACGUAUGCUCAACUAGGAACUAAGGUCACCUGCUCAUUCACAACCAUCCAAUCUGUCACCACACAUCAGACAUAUGAUUAGCUCUUUGAGUCUUCGGCUCAGAAGAGCUAAAAAUAAUAUCGCAUAUGGUAGCUCGUCUUAUAUAUGCGAAUUUUAUACAAGGGUAUCAGUUUGCAAUUCCGAAAAUUUUACGGCUGAGCAAACCAACCUCGAAUGUUAGAAUUCCCGCCACUUUCGCUUUCAAACCUAUAUGUAGAUCGGUAAGACGUACCAAAAUUCGCUCUCUGAAAUCAACAUAUAUGCUGCUAAUGUGUUUGAUUUUGUCUAUUUAGACAUUUAUUUCAACGUUUCACUGCUAGUUGUGUACGGAUGGCUUAAUUAUAUUCAGAUUAGAACGGAUUGGGAAAUUCGUUAUACCCACGUGCCAUCCCUCGCUGCACAUUUAGUUCGUUCCCUACUACAAUAUCAGUAUAUCUAUUCCGAUAAUUUUGUAUUUCUUAUUUUAUUUAUUUUUUUCUUUUCUAUAUUGUUACUGGUUAUCAUGCCCAAGACAAAACCCAAGCAAUCCAGCCAGAUAGCUAAAACUCUGCCCCAGCCGGAACCUCAUGUCACACGUGGUCACCACAGGCGGCAAGAUCAAUCCGCGGUGACCACAUCUGAGCUACGGAACAUGCAGUCCGCUCCACAGACUUCAGCAUCGGGCAACGACACUCGACAUCGCGGACAGCAGGACCAACGCACGGAGUCCACGACAGCAAGUCAAGGCUCCCAGGCAUCCUCACAGACCCCACAGGUGGACAACUCGGACUCGGCAAUCACGGAACAGAAUCCGGGUAUGGUUUAUUUGUUCCCCCGGUUGUACAUCCUCCACAUUUAACUAGUCAAUUUCACACAAUUGAUACUGGGACAAGUGCCUGUCCAUCUAGCUUACCUAGGCCUAUAGCACCUGAUGUUAGCAAUGUGCAAAAUGCCCAACUUCUCUCUCCCCCUUGCAAGAUUCUAUUGAUUUUCCAUUGGGUACCAUGUAGAACAUUCUACUAAGCAAAAAUUAUUGCUGGGGAAUUUGUCAACUUAGCGGUGCUGCUCGUUAGGUAUCCAGACAAUACCCAGUCAGCUGCCACUCUAACCACUGACUCGAAGGGUAAUCUCGUUACGCAGCCAAAAUAUCGAGAGAUUGACUAAUGCAUUCCUUAUUUAUUCUAACAUCUACACGGCAGCACACCCACAUAGAACACAACAGUUGUUUAAAUACGUGCACGAUAUUCGCUUAGGUUUUAUGAAAUCCAUGGGGUGGGCUACCUACGACGAGCAGUUUCGUCUGAGAAUGGCACACAGCCCUUCUCGAGACUGGGGAACAGUAGAGUGUGAACAUUUUCGUCAAACUGAACUUAUUUCUUUAAUGUUUGUGUUUCAUUCAUCUCUUUUGUAAAUAUCAAAUGUUCAUUUGAGCAUAACUUUACGCUUCCACAGAUAUUCUCCAGUCCCCCAACUGUCAACGAUAUCGUAAUCGUGUCGGGUCUUCUCCUUAAAAUCCUUUAUACACGCUUUCUUACUGUCAAACCAAUGACUCUCCAAUUAAAUCAACUUUUCUCUAUUUAUUUCAGGUUUUCUUAUGCACUCCAUGCUAAUAUUUCCACUUGUACUGUAUUCCUUGACGUUCCAUUAUGAAAUGAUCCAUAUUCAACUAGGGACAUUUAUAAAUGAAAAAUGUUUAGCAGUGUCUUGUGUGCAAAGAUCUAUUAAAAACUGUAUCUAAUUUCUUAUGCAUGCUCAUUCGCAUUGCAUCAUACGCCACAUCCAUAAAUGAUUUCCCUGCAAU